AUGUCUUCAGCAGGACGUGGCCGCGGCGGCAAGUUCAACAAGGUCAAGCGCGGAGGCGGCAAGAAGUUCUCGCGCGACUUACAACCGCUGAAUGCAGAUGGCGAGGUCGUCGGCAUGUGGGGUGAGCAACCCGACAAAGUCGAUGAGGAGUCCUCUGAAGAAGAAGAAUCUUCGGAGGAAGAGUCCGACGAGGAGGGUGGCAAGCCCGAACAAGAAGAGUUGACGCGUGAGCAGCGCCGUGAGCUCGCAAAGAAGCGCAAGGCGGCCGCGAUUGCGAAGAAGUCACAGAAGACCCCCGAGGCAGGCGACAUGCCCACCGACUCCUCUGAAGACGAAGACGAUGAUAUGCCCGCGAACCCAAACCACACUGCAAAAGCCCGUACACAAGCCACAAAGGCCCCUGUCGAUCCAGAAGCUGAGCCCGUCGCUAAGGGAAAGGGAAAGCAACAGGACCUCUCCCAGCUCUCUCGCCGCGAGCGUGAGGCUCUCCAGGCGCAAGCCAAUAAAGACCGAUACGACAAACUACACGCUGAGGGUAAGACUGAGCAGGCGCGAGCCGACCUGGAGCGCUUGAAGCUGGUUCGUGAGCGCAGGGACGCUGAGGCUGCGCGAAAGAAGGCUGAGGCAGAAGAGCGUGCUGAGCUGGAGAAGGAGAAGAAGGAGCUCAUGGAGCGUGAGAACAGGCGGCGAGAGCAAGCCAAGGGCAAGGCCGAACGUCUUGCUAAGGGCGGCAAGAAGAAGGCCUAG